AUGGACAAACUUGAAACUUUCCAACGUAAUGAUCCUAGAAAGUUAUUUGAAUUGGCUAACCAGUUGAAUGAACGACUGUUCUUUGCAAUCUUUCUAAAUGAAACUCAAUUCAAGAUAAUUAAUCAUAUUUUAUCCUUAGAUAAUUUCGAGAUUUGGACAAAUUUUUUGGAAGGUAAUUGUUAUAUUUCCUAUUUGCAACCCGAAGAUAAGAAUGACAAACCUGAGACUCCAAACACCAAUGAGAACAACGAGAGUGCUGGUGGUGAGAGAAUUCAGAACAAUAGUAGUGAUAGAGAUACCCCAACUCUCAAUAACAAUGAUAAAAAGAAUGAUUCAAACAAGGAAACCAUGCAAGCGGAAUUGGAGACCCCAGAAACAUUAUUCCCAGAGGGGGCAGAAAUGAUUAAGAAAUUGGCACUACAUGUACGAUACCUCUUGUGGGAGAAAGCGAUUGAUUUUUAUUAUAAUUCUAAGGUGUUGGAUGAGUCAAAUAACAUAUUAGAUGAAGUUUCCGAUGAUUACCAGUUGAUUGACUCGUUGGACAAUAUUGUUGACGAGAAAGCAUCUAACGAACUGGAGAAAAAGGAAGCUGUUGAGAAACUAAAAGUGAGAGAAAUCGAGGAUGAUUAUGAUGAUGAUGACGAGGACGAAGAUGAAGAUGAAGACAAUAAUGAUAAACCGAACACGACUGAUUUAGCAAAUAAUAAUUCAAAUUCUUCAGAGAGUAGGUUGGCAUAUAAUUCAAAUGAACAGCUUGUGCUAGAGAUCCCGUUAUCCAUAUUUAAAACUAAACAACAAGAAACAAAUGGCACACAAGACCGAAUAUCCAAUCUGUUACUGGCAGAUGGUAACUCGUCGUCAAACAAUUUUGGGGUGAUAAAACAAUUAGAAGAAAACAACAAUGAAGAUCAAGAUAAACUUCUUCAAGAGUUUAACAAAGUGUAUCACAAUUUUGAAUAUGAUAGAGAGACUUUACUAAAGAGGAGGAAAUUAGAAAAAUCUGAUAUGCAAUUGGAAUCCAACAAAUCGAAUAAAGGAGAUAACGCGUCUGAUUCGAAAUCUGCCACUCACAUAGAUAUGAAUUUGGGAGCAGCAUCUACAUCUUUACAGCAUUUACUUUCGACAAUUCAACUGAAGAGAAACAAAGUUCCUUUGAAUGAUCAUGAAUUACGAACAUUAUUUAUGGAUGUUCGUAAAAAUAGAGGGAAAUGGGCCAACGAUGAUAGAGUUGGACAAGAAGAGUUAUAUGAAGCCUGUGAAAAAGUGGUGACUGAACUAAGAGGCUAUACUGAACAUUCUACUUUUUUCUUAAAUAAAGUUUCGAAAAGAGAAGCUCCAAAUUAUGGGUUGAUUAUCAAAAAACCCAUGGAUUUAAACACCGUGUUGAAGAAAUUGAAAAACUUGGCAUAUAAUUCAAAACAGGAAUUUGUUGAUGAUUUGAUGUUGAUUUGGAGCAAUUGUCUUACCUAUAAUGCCGACCCAGCACAUUUCAUUCGAGCGCAUGCCAUAGCUAUGCAAAAGAAAACUAUUAAAUUGAUACCAACUAUCCCUGAUAUCAGAAUAAGAAAUAGAGCUGAAGUUGAGAAGGAAGAAGAAGUUGAAAAUGGUAAACGAGAUGAGGAAGAGGAUUCAUUAGGUGGUAAAUCAAUGAAAAAGGGAAGAAAAAGAUCGAGACAAGAUGAAAUCAAGGCAGAAGCAGAAGCAGAGACACCGAAUUCACCGUCACCUGCAGGAACCCCUUUUUUGGCCAGUGAAGUGAAUUCAGUACGAGAAAACACACCAGCGGCCACAGAUAAUGGGAAUGUGUCAAAUGAUGAAGAGGAAGAAGAAGAAGAGGAUACUGAUAAUAUCAAUGGGACAGCUACUGGUAUCAGCGGUAUGGUAGAUGGAGAUGACGAAGAAUUUGACCCUGAAUUACAAGCAUGGAGGACAUUAACAGCUAAAUCGAGAGCUAAUUACUGUGCGCAAAGAGCAGAUUUAUUUGAUGAAAAUGGACAUCUUAAAAGUGAUGUCCCCGCUAUUUGCCGGAAAUCCAAUGAAAUGUCAAAUUUCAACGAAUAUUUAAAUAAUAAAGAAGUGAUAUCGAAAUCGAAAAGUUUAUUAGAAAAUGAUGAACCAUAUUUACUUGAAUAUGAUGUUGCUGGUGGGAUUCCAGGUAUUGCAUAUUGUGGUGUCGACAAAGAAACUGAGGAAACUUAUGAAAACAAAUUAGUUGACAUUUAUUUACAACAAACUAGUGGUGAUGCUUCCAAAAUUAAAUCAGAUUUUGUUUUAUCAACAAACUCAGGGUUGAAUAAAGUCUAUUUUGAGAAUAUUUGUGAGAUACAAGAAAUUAGAAAAAUCUGUUUUAAAAUUUCACUUAUUCGUCAAAUGCAAACACAGCAAUUUGUACAUCAUACACAGAUGAAACAACCAGAGAUUCAAACAUUGAAGGAAAUUGAUGUUGAUGCUGCCUCCAAAUUGCCUAACCAUGACGCUAGUACUGGCGAUGUUCAGUUUUCGGUGUUUCGAAGAAAUAUUGCCAAAAUUGCGAUGCAAACUGGAUUUGAAACCACUCAACAGGCAGCAAUUAAUACUUUGACUCAAGUAGCAGAGAGAUAUCUUGGCAAUUUAAUUAAAUCGUUAAAGUUGCACAGUGAAACGACAUCGGAUAACCGAUUACCUCCACGAGAAAUCUUGUUAUUAUCAUUACUAGAGAAUGGUGUAGAUAGACCAGAUGAUUUGUAUACAUUUGUGCAAGAAAGAGUGGUGAAGCAACAGGGAAAACUUAAAGAUUUACGAAUUAAAUUAUCCAAUUUUUUGAAAGAUUUGCUUCGACCGGGAUUAGAAAACUUUAAUGAAAAAAGUUUUGAAGACAAUAGUGAACAAUUUAUGACGGGUGAUUUUUCAAAUGGAAUCGGUGAUGAUUUCUUUGGAUUCAAAGAAUUGGGAUUGGACAAAGAAUUCAAAAUGUUAACAUCAUCCAUCCCCAUUUAUUUAUUGCAUUCACGUUUACAUAAUCAAUUUACUACUGGUGGUGGUACUGCUCAAAGAAACAAGUAUGAAGAUUUACAAGAAUAUGAACCCGACAAAAUCCAUGGUAAUGAAGUUGAUAAACAAAUUGGUAUAUUGAUAUCUUUUUAUCAGACAUUGUAUGAAAAAUCUCAGACAUUUUACGUUAAGGCCCAGAAAAAGAAGGGUGAAUCAAUGGAAUUACCUCCUGAUAAUAUUUUCAUAUUGACAGAAGAUGAAGAUUUACCACAAAAGCAAAGAAAUGUAAGACCAAAACUACCACCAACUGGUAGAAUUUCUUCUAUUAAAAAGAAAAUCAUUGCUAAUUCGUUUUUCUUGCCUGAAGAGGAAGAGUUACAAAAACAGGAGAUGGAAUUGAAGGCAAAAGAAGAAGCCGAAGCUGCUGCUGCUGCUGCUGCUGCUGCUGCGAACUCAACACAAACAGCUGAAACAGCACAAGUGAUGAAACCAGUAGAUUCAUUGGAAAUGUCAGAGACUCUAAAUACAUCGGAUAUAGCAGAUAUGCUACGAGAAAUAGAGUCAGCAAAUGCGCCAGUCUCUAGAGAAGAACAACUACCCGAAAAACAAUUUAAUACUGAGGAGAAGAAAGUAGGUUUACCAAAGACAGAUGCAAAUGAACUUAAAUAUGAACCAGUGGAUGAGCAAAGUAAGAUAUAUGCCACUACUGAAAAAAAUGAUAAUGUUAAAGGAAUUGAAAAUAAACCAAAACAAGAGGAUUUUAAACAAAUUGAAAACAAUCAAGAGAAUAAGAAUCUUGAAGAAAUUGAAGAUACACUUGAAGAUGAUACAGAGAUUGAAAACAGUGACUCGACCAAACUAGAUAUAAAGGAGAAUGAAACUCUUGUUUAUGAAUCAGAAGUUGAUCCAGAUGAAAGUUCCAUUGAUUCUUUGUUUGAACAAAAUGAAGAAUAA